AUGCUAGGAGUCUCCCGGCAGCAACUGGAGAAAGCAGACACUCCCCACCGCGCGGCCUUUGAGACCCAUCGCAUCUGCUCCCCACCUACUCCGCUGGCCCCCAUCGCCGCAGAGGACCCCGGCUCGGCACCCCCAUGCCCCACGCAGGGGCUCGGGGAGCACCCCGCGUUCCUUGCCCGCCCCCACAACCCUGCGGCCAAGCUGGAAUGCCUCCUCCCCCGACAGCCCCACUCCGCCCACCACCCCUCCACCCCACCCCACCCCACCACAGCCCUAGCAAACUCCUACUCAUUCCUCUGCCCCAGCUGCAAGCGAAGAAGCUUCAUCCGUGAAACACUCCAGACCCCCACCCCCCCAACCCCAAGGCUGACUUAG